AUGAUAUCAGUCGACUACGGUGUUUUGUUUAGGAAAGACGUCAUAAUGCCGGAAGUACACCCAGCUUUUGCUAAUGCGGGUCAAACAGCAGGUCUUGAGAUUUGGAGAGUGGAGGAUUUCGAACCAGUACCAGUGCCGAAACAUCAAUACGGAAACUUCUAUUCCGGAGAUUCAUACAUCGUACUAAAGUCCACCGGUACUUCAACUCUAUCAUGGGACGUCCACUUCUGGCUCGGUUCAAAGACCAGCCAAGACGAAGCCGGAGCAGCCGCGAUCCUUACGGUUAACCUGGAUGAUGAGCAAUUCCAGGGUCAAGCGGUACAGCAUAGGGAAACACAGGGUCACGAAUCCAGGCAGUUCUUGUCAUACUUCGAUCCAGCCAUACGUUACUUGGAGGGUGGUCACGCGUCAGGUUUCAACCACGUCACAGUCAAUGCUGGCACUGAGAAGAGACUGUUCCAGAUUAAGGGCAAGAGAAACGUUAGAGUGAGACAGGUGGAAGCAACUGUAUCUUCCAUGAACAAGGGCGACUGCUUCAUCCUUGACGUAGACCAUGACAUCCUUCUAUACGUCGGGGAAGAGGCGAAGACUGUGGAGAGGUUGAAGGCGAUAUCCGUGGCCAACCAGAUCAGGGACCAGGACCAUAAUGGCAGAGGAAACAUCGAAAUUAUAGAUCCUUACUCGCACGAAGGUGACGUGCAGAAAUUCUUCGAAGCCCUUGGCGACGGAGACCAAGAUUCGGUGCCCGAUGCUGAAGAAGGUGGUGAUGAUGAGUACUUCGAACGCAGCGGUUCCACGGAGGUGGUGCUAAGUGAAAUAUCUGAUAGCUCUGGAAGUCUUGAAAUUAAGAAACUUGACGGGCCCUAUACGCAAGGACAUUUGAACACCCAGGAAUGCUAUAUCUUGGAUACUGGCAGCAGUAUAUAUGUUUGGAUCGGGAAGGAAUCGAACGGGCGAGAAAAAUCAGAAGCAAUGAAGAGAGCUCAGCACUAUCUGGAAGCGAACAACUAUCCUGCUUGGGUGCACAUCUCAAAAGUGGUGGAGGGCAUCGAGCCAACAUCCUUCAAACAGUACUUCGAAGACUGGAAUUAG